UUAGUGUAGCGACUAGUAUAUUUUAUGUGAUUUUAUUUUGAAGGUAUCGAUUUGUAGGUUUAUAAAACAUAACCUGCGAGAGAAAAAUAAUUGAGACAACUGACAUGUGAAACUCUCCACAGUAUAGAACACAUUUAGUUUAUGUUCUCCACUGAAAAUGUGGAAACAUUAACGAGAUUUUAUUGUGAUGAUCCGAACAGGAUUUUUGAAUUACACGCUUGCAAACUUACUUUAAACCUUAGCAUGGGUACGUGUUAGGGACCAAGCGGAAACUUCCACACUGAACUGCCAGCGUUUAAGGUUAAAAAGCUGGCAGACGCCGGACACCGUCAUGAUGCUUCCACGCAGGCAGGACUACGGCAACGGGCUGCGGAGCGGCCCCGUUACAAGCUUCAGGAGCGCGGGGAGCCCGAGCUCUGUCCGCCGCAGCUCCGCCGUGCUGCCCUCGGUGCUAACCUUCCUGGUGGUCGUAGCCUCCGGAGGCCUGCUGCUCAUGAUAGAGAAGGGAAUGCUGAACGGCAUGGAGACGCCGUCUCCUCGGGGUAACGCAAGGCGGCUGGAGCUCUUCAGAGAGAGCCGAACCCACGGUUCAGACGACGUGGACUCCGAAAUCCUCCAGGAGAUCCGCAACCGCACCAUCAGGACCAUGUGCAGCCAGAAGAACAUGCCCCACAGCAUCUGGUCCCUGAGCCCCCUGCAAAGGAAGACGGUGCUGCAGCACAUCCUGGUAAAUGAAGAGUACCGCUUCCUCUACUGCUACGUCCCCAAAGUGGCCUGCUCCAACUGGAAGAGAGUCCUGAAGGUCCUGAGCGGCGCCCUGGAGAGUGUGGACGUCAACAUCAAGAUGGAUCACCGCAGCGACUUGCUUUUUUUGUCCUCCCUGAAGCCAGAAGAAAUCCGCUACCGCCUCAAGCACUACUUCAAGUUCAUGUUUGUGCGAGAACCUAUGGAGCGACUGCUUUCGGCCUACAGGAAUAAGUUUGGAGAGAUCGAAUCCUACCAGAAGAAGUACGGAGUGGAGAUCAUAAAGCGGUACAGAAAGGGCCUUGCCAAGGAUGCAUCCGUGAAAGGAGAUGAUGUGACCUUUGGAGAGUUUGUCCGUUACUUGUUAGAUGAGGAUGUGGAGCACAUGAAUGAGCACUGGAUGCCCGUUUACAACUUGUGCCAACCUUGUGCUGUUUCUUAUAAUUUCAUCGGCUCUUAUGAGCACCUCGAAAGGGACUCCGAGUAUGUGCUCCAGCGCAUCGGUGCACCUCCUUUUGUUCACUACCCAGAGAGGCAAACAUGGUACAAGCCUGUCACCACAGAAACGUUACACUAUUACUUGUGCACUUUGCCACAAAAGCUACUCAGGGAACUCCUACCCAAGUACAUUUUAGACUUUUCUCUAUUUGCUUACCCCUUCCCAAACACAACCACCGAACACUGCCGGCAUUAAAAGUUGAUUGGUUUGCCAAUUUUUACAUUUUUGUUUUUUUUUAUAGAAAUUCAUUUUGUAUUUUUGCUUCUGAAGUUUUGAGAGAUGUAAAACAAUUUAAAACCACUAAAGCUUUUAAAUAAAUACAUGAGAAAAAGGUCA